AUGGCGGAGUUUCUCCGAUUGCAAGAUCCGAACAGAAACUGGGUAGCGGAGUUAGCGUAUUUUAGCCAAGGUAGGGGGAAAGGAAGCGUAAUCGGAGCAACUCCAGCGGUGGCCGUGUCAGUAACCAGUGCACAACCCAUUGUCCCCAUUCCGUCUACCGUUCCGGUUUCCCCUAAAAUUCCACAAGAAGAAAACCCUCUAGUCGAAGCCGAACUGACAGAAACAGAAGAACGUUCCCCGAUUUCCCAAGGAACCGAGCCUGAGGAUAUCGAGGCCAUUGCGGCUCAUUACGACUCUGAUUCGGAGGAGAGGGCAGAAAGGCUGAGGGAGGAGAACCAAGACCGUGAAGGGGAGAAUAUAGUGGAGGAAACGCCAGUUGUGGAGACCGUCCGUCAGGAGAGGUUAGCAGGAGGGGAAGGGGAAGUACGGAGUGAAGGGAAAGGGCCAGAGUCAGUAGAUUCCCAAGUGAAAGCCGGGGAUGAUAGAAUGCAAGUAGAAGAGGAGGGACCACCCAUGGAAACCCAAGUACCGGAAACGGUGACGCCUUCCAUCUUAAAACCGCCACCAGUGAAGCGGCCGAUAACAGAGAAACCGAAACCCACACGGGUAUCUCAGCGAUGCCUAGGCAAAUGGACAGCAAGCAAGGCCCAGACGAACACGACUGAGAACCCAGUAGAGAUCAUAAGCGAGGAGGAACAAGCCACUCCGAAGAAGGCUGAAAUUGAACCUGUUCAAGCUACUGAUCAGGAAGACGUUGGGGUGUCUUCAGUACAGAACGAACCGGGCACGGAAACUGAAUGGAUGACUGAAGGUCCAGACCUCGCAUCCGGGUCAGUAAGCCCAAGAGGAUCUGAGCAUGUUAAAUACCCAGUCCCAGGAGACACCACCCUUACUGCCCAAGAGGAGGAAACCCAAUACCAGCGAGCCAGGAAGAGAAAAGGGAAGGCUCCACUCAAAAAGAAGUCGGUUACCAAAAAGCCCAGAGUAGCAAACACAAGAAUCGUGAUUACCGAAGCGUCUCAAAGGACUCCACCCAGUCGAGGAGAGCGGAGUGAUAGCGAGUACACCGCCAGUGAAGAGUCGGAUUCAGAUAGCGGCAUAUCCUUGGAGAAUGAGGAGUAUGGGGAACAGUCACUCCCAGAUGAUCACCGAGAGCUUGUCCACCCACCAGUGGAGAGGCUCAGAUAUAGAAGAUGGACCGUAGAUUUCACAAAUGAGAUCGCUGAGGAGAUGAAACUCUUCGAGACGCAGAAGCUGCAGGACACCUUUGAAAGCUUUGGGUUUUGA